UGUCCUCCCUUUCCUUGCACGCAGGAGAUACUCUCUAUUACCGAUUUACUUCUGACAUGAGCAACACGGAGUGGGGCUACAAGUUUACAGUGACAGCAGGUCAUCUGGGGAGGUUUCAGACAGGGUUUGAAAUCCUAAAGCAGAUGCUGUCUGAAGAAAGGGUAAUUCCUCACCUCCCGCUGGCCAGAAUCUGGGAAUGGCAGGUGGGGGUGGCGUGCCGUCAGACCGGCCACCAGCGCCUGAAGGCCAUCCACUUGCUCUUGAAGAUCGUGCAGUGCAGUGCCCAAAGGGACUGUGACCUCACGUUGCUGAAGCCACUUUGGCAGCUUUUCACCCAUAUGGAAAACAACAUAUGUCAUGAUGUGACCAAGCCUGGUAUUCUCCUUCCUCUUCAUCGUGCACUUGCAGAACUCUUUUUUGUUACAGAAAACAGAGUUACUGAGCUUGGAUCUCUACAGGAGUAUUUGCUUGCCUUAAAUUCUGAAGAUCAUCUUCAUCGCUGCACAGCACAGGCCCUGAGAAACAUUGCUGCUAUCAGCCUUGCCAUUAACUACCCAAACAAAUCAACAAGUUUCUGGAAUGUUUAAUACUGGCUCAGGCCGGAGUGCAUGGGAUAGAGUAGUUUGUCCAUAGGAACCUUGGAACAAACAUCUUAACUCCGUUCAGGAAAAGUUCCUUCAGCUUCAGUGUAUGAGCACUCUGCAGCCUUCCUUCCUUCCACCUUGAUGUAGAAUUUGUAAAAGUAAAAGCGCACUUUGAUGAAAAAGCACAUCUUGAAGUAACUCACGCGUCGCCUACAGUUAUGUAUGCACAUAUUGUAGCAUGUUAGAGUAAACAAAACAACUUUUGUUUUUAUUCAGAGGAAGUAAACAAAAGAAGGUAACUGAAGUAUGAGAAUGGAAGGCCCCCCCUGCAUUGGUAUCAUCUGCUCCCAAGGAAAAUUGAUUGGUGGAACCUGAAAGCUUUGAAAACAUUGCUCAAUUGAAGGAUGCCAUCAGCAGCAUCUAUUUACCAAUGGAGUGAAAUAGGCAAACCAGAAUCUGGUGGGCUGAUGUGGAAAUGGUCCACACUUGAAUCAUGCCAUGCUUGCUUCUGCUUUGAAGGCUACUACAUGGGGAAAAAACUUUUGAUUAAUGGUAAUCUACAGGUUGCAGAACAAAUUCUGGGUGAUUGCAUAGCAGUUAAAGGAUUCCAGAGCAUCCUUGUACAAGAGAUUGAUGUUUCUCCUGUUCUUUGACUCGAUCAACUGGAUCAUCUGUUCUUACCUUAAUUUAUCUCUGAUGGUUUAUUCCAAAUAGUACAGAUUGCAAAGGCUGGCCUCCUUCACUAAGCAGGGCUGAAAUGAGGAACUGAGAAACUUGCAUAUUUCUCAAAGGUCGUAUCAUUACAAGAAGUUAUUCAGGAGAGAUUUUUGUUUUAAAAGUACUGGUGGCAUACAAAGGGCCUUCUCAGCGAUGUUGGGAACUCGAGCUCCCAGCUCUCCGGGUGGGAGUUAAUGAUCAAUCUCAUCUUACCUUACACAGCAAUAACUGUAUUAAUGGACAUGGAAUGAAUUGCAGACCUUCUACAUUGAAAUAAAUUGGCUUUUUUCCUGCUCAGCUACACUGGUUUUUCCCUUUCCAAAGAGUACAAAGAAUGUGGAAGGAUCUGGGGAUGUAUUUUGUAUUUUGUCUUGUCAAGCAUGAAUUCAGAGAAACUUCUAGAGAUGUGUAAACAUUAUUCUGUUCCCUUCCUCACUUCAACAUUAAACUCCUACAGAGGCAACGCAAAUCUUCAGUAGUGGAGGUUAGCUAACUGUCUACAAGUUGGGUAAUGGCAAGGCUCUGUCAGAAGGGAACAGGCUUGGUGCCUAAAUGUGCACUGAGCACAUGAGCAAUGCUUUUGUGAACAGCCUCUGAACGGAUGGGCUUACCAGCUGGGGCUGGACGUACUUUAAGGGUGGUCCCAUCUCCCUCUGGGAGGGAAAUGCUCAGUGUGCAUCCCCCUUUCCUUGGAUGACCUCUAGUGUUGUGGUUAAAGAUGUGUUGGCUUCUUUCUGUUCAGCCAGGGGACUGUAAGUGAAUGCUGCUGCAGGGGAUGAUGGUGAAUCAGGCUGUCAGCAUUCUGCCUGAAAGACUCAAAGCUGAAGACCAAGCAGUGCGGAACUGAAGCCAUUUCCUUCAGGAAUGGAGAGGCCCUCUUAGCCUGUGUAAAUACCAGAAGUCAGGAAAAACAUACCACUUAUCAAAGAUGGAAAGGAUGCAGAGAAAUACUGCUCUGAGACCCCUCCUCGAAUGUACUGUAACUGAAAGCUAAAGCUCUUCCUCCUAAAAGGAGCUCACGAUGGGAAGAGAAUUACCAAAGUUGUGGCAUAUCUUUAACGUGUGGAUCGUUUUGUUCCCACAUCCAAGCAAUGCACUGGAGUUUGCAGUCUCACUGCAAGGGUGAGAAACCAGCUACUUCACACGUUCUAAAAGCUUGAGCAGAUUCUGAGUUGCUGCACCACGAGAUGCUCGGUGUGCUUCAGGGACAGGUGAGCUUUUUGAAAUUGCUCUUCUCGAGCAGUAGGACUUCCUAUUCACUGCCUCAGUGUGAAUCCGUGGCCGAGCAGCCAGGGAUCUGCAACGGGCUGAUUUGCUAGGGCAUGUAGCAUGCUGCUGAGAUCUUCCUAUGUUUUAGUCCGAGAAGGCUUUUUCUUUUUUCACAUCAGGGAUGAAGACUGUAAAUAAACCAUUCAUAGAACCUGCGAUGGCUCUGUCGUAGUCGCAUUAUUUCUGUUGGACUGCCUUUUUGCUUUCUGUCUGAAGACAUGAGGCUGCAAGGAAGACCAGGAGUGGCCAGCGAUCCUCACUAGGCGCCCCGCUUCCUUACUCUACCAGCAGUAACUGGCCUUGAGAGUCACCUCCUUGCCCUGAGGGACUGCCUGGAAACAUCGUCCACUAACUAUUAUUUCUACCCACUAGAUGGAACUGAAGGACUGUGACCUGAGUUGACACUGAAUCUGUUGCUGCCUUACAACUUAAUCAUUCAUCACAGAUUUUUACGAGACAAAAACACUUGAUAUUUCUUUUUUCCUGAUAGUUUUAAAGAGGAUGAGAUUACCGACAAUGAAUAUUCGUGAUCAAUCAUAUUUUGAAAAUCCCCCAGCAGUUCCAAAUGGAUGGAGAUGAUACUACUGAAUAGUAGAAAACUGGCUGGAAAACAGGAAUGCUGAAAAAAAUGUGCCUAAUAUUAAAAAAUAAUAAUAAUAAAGUAGUUGUCCUGCCUGAAUCACCUCUGAUAUGUUUAAGAGAAGCCACGUUGUUCGUAACGAUACCUUUGACUUGCUUUCAUUAAACACUUAAAAAAGAGAGUUUUAUAAUUUCUUUUAUUACGGGUUUACUACUUUGCGAUUUUUAUCAGUUGUUUAAAAUAUAUCAAACCUUUCAAUUUAUUCCAGUUCAGUUCAACAUGUACAAAGAAAGCUACAGAUGUGGGUAAAAUAUGCAAAUGCAGAGAAAUAUAUUGUAAAAAUUCUAUAAAAACAAAGACGUGUAA